AUGGCCAAACGCGUGCAGUUAGCGCCGGCCUCGGUCGUCGACGCACCUCGUGCGCUCGUUUGCAUCGUCCAGUGCUUCGCUUUGCAAUCCGACGUGGCUGCAUUUCUCAACGCGCUGCCUCGGACCUCGCGCUCACCGCCUUUGGCUGCGCUUCUCCAGCUUAUUGUCGGCGGCGCCCGCGUCUGGCCGCAUUCCGCCCUCGGCUGGGCCAUCGACGACGCCAUGAUUCCUCUCGUCAAGGCUGCGAUGCCUCUCUUCCCGUCUCUUCAUAUCGAAAGCCUCUCGUACAGCGACGCCUGGCGCAGCGCAUCAGCGACCUCGUCGUUUGCUAUCCCGUUUUGCGCGUUUCUGGCCGAGUGGGCGAGCAAGGUCGAGCAUUUGGAGCUCUGCGCGACUGGUGGAGACGACGACGAGGGCCACCGACUGCUCUACUUGUGCACAAAUGUCCGCUCGUUGGUUCUCUCGGACGACGCGAGCGUGCUGCCACGCCUCUUGGCAUCGCCGUUUCGCAUCACGCGGCUGGAGCUGCGCUUGGACGGUGCCGACUGGCCGGAUGCACUGCUACCUUGGCUUGCAUCCGGGCAUGCGAUGCAUGUGGGUAUUCGCGCCUUAGACUCGAGCGCGACGCACACCGACACCCUCGCGCUUGCGCUCGCAACUGCACCGAGCCUCACGAGCCUUGUAUUGACCGAAUGCGACAGCCUUCUGUGCAGCUUUGUGGCGAGGGCGACGCCGCUGCAGCAUGUGACGCACCUCGCGAUAAAGUCGUCGCUCGACCAAGGCUACAUGGACCGGCUCCUAUCGUUGGUAAAUGCGUCCAAGCUAGAGGUGCUCGAUCUCUCGGGCGCCGUUGCCGGGGAUCUGCACUGCAGUCUGGCGGCUCUGCAGUCAUUGACCGCGUUGGACGAGCUCUCGCUGUGCCACGUCACGCUGCAUGUACCGUCGAUCGCGACGGCCUCGUCAACGUUACGCGAAGCCCGCUUCGAGUCGUGUUCGUUCGUGAACGGCGCGUUCGGGCAGCUGGUGGACUGGCUCGCGCGCUCAGAAGCUCUCGAAGCCGUCGACUGGACAAACUGCAUGACCAUUGCGCAGCAGUUGGGUGCUUUUGGCCGCGCACUGCGUCGCUGGAUCCGGGGUGGUACGCACACCGUGGCCAUCGAAGCUUGCGCUUUGGGUGACGACGCCAUGUCGACGCUUGCGAUGGCACUGAGCUUCGUCGAUGCGCCAGAUCACUUUACGCUCGAACUGGUGUCGGUCUCGUUCGGGUUUCACGGCUGGAAACGCCUUCUGGAGGCCGCUGCGACGAGCACGAAUGUGAGCGUCACCAGUGACAUGGACGACGACCAACUCAAGUUAUAUCGCCAACAGCUCAAGACGAUCGCGCUGCAGAAAGGUGUCGCGCUGUGCAUGGAGGAGAGCGCCCAGUCGCUCGAUAGCCGAACGAUGCGCAUGCUCUCGCUCUCCGCGCUGCUGGCAGUGGCCAUGGCCGGCGCCAUGGGCAGCGAGCGUGGCGUCGACGUCAGCGACGACGGCGUCGUCUUUGAUAGCACCCUUUCGGCGAUCGAGAUCUUCCAGAAGGAGCACCCGGCCAUCGCGGCCGCGCAUGACGAGAUGCAGCGCAUGAUGCUGGAAGAGUUUGAGGCCGCCGAGAAGUCCAUGCGGGACAUUGACGCGCGAUUUCGCCCCGUGCAGCGCGCCCAAGCGCCCGAGCAGCCCAAGUGCGAGGACGAGAAUGACCACGAAUGCGUGGCGCCACCGACAAAGCCUGCGCCAGCCCGCCAUGGCGACCGGCAACACGACCAUGCACCGCGUCAGCACCAGCGGCAAGAGCAACCGCCGCAGCAUAACCGCGAGCCACACCGCGAGCACCGACAGCGCCGACAGGCGUACCGCCAAGCGCCAAGCUACGACGACGAUAAUGAUGAGGACAUCUACGACGAAGCGCCGCCGCGGCGAUCGCGUGGGCAGCGCCGGCGCGUGGUCUACGAAGAUGACGAGGACGACUACGAUGUGCCGCAGCGUCGCGUGCGUUCGCGGUACCCCAGCCAAGCCGAAAUGGACGAGCUUAUCAAGCAGCAGGUCCGCGCGCAGCUUAUGGAAGCCAGAGAAGCGCACGCGCACGUGCCAUGGGACCACGACGACAGCAGCAAUGUCGCAACGAAGCCGACUGUAUGCUUGACCUACCCGCUGCAGGGCGUGUGCGACUGGAACAUCUUGGCGGGGCUGCUCUGGACGGCCCUCGUGGUCGUGGUCGUCGUUGCUGUCUCGCGCCACCGUCCGAGCCCGCCACGGGCCACCACCGCAUCGUCAAAAAAGACCAAGACGAACUAG